UUUUUUCUCUGUUUUGUUUUUUUAAUAAUACUGAAUGAAAAGAGAAAGGUGUGUCAAGAAAAAUCUGCAACGCAUGGUCACGAGGGCGGUGGAUUCUAAUUCUAGCACGGCAGCACAGUUGCGGCCAUUUCCAUUUCCAUCUCUCUCUCUCUCUCUCUCUCUCUCUCUCUCUGCAUCCCUGCUUUGUGUGUGUGUCUGUGUGAGAGAGAGAGAUGUUGGGAUAUGGGAGUGCAAGUGCAAGGCCUUGCUUCCCCUCAGGCAGAUACACGCGCAGUGGCGGGUUUUGUUGCAGAGCAAAUGCUUCUUUGCCCAGCAGUGGCGAUGGACAUUCACGCUCGCAACAGAAGAAUAACAACAAGAAGAAGAUAGUGAUCGUCGGUUCCGGCUGGGCCGCCCUGGGCGCUGCUCACCACCUCUCCAAGCAGGGCUUUGAUAUCACCCUCCUUCAAGAAGCUAAUGAUUCUGGACUGAACAGCACGUUCGGUAGUCCUGAUGAUAUCGGUAUCCGCGGUUUCUGGUAUUCUUAUCAUAAUAUAUUUAGCCUCAUCGAUGAGCUUGAUAUCAAGCCAUUCACAAGUUGGACAAGUUCUGCCCAAUAUUCUAGAGAGGGAUUAGAGGUUGAAUUUCCAAUAUUUCAAGAUCUACCUCAAUUGCCUGCUCCAUUAGGUGCCUUCUUCUAUACUCAAUUCAUUCGGCUCCCAUUGGCGGAUCGGUUGACAUCACUUCCUAUAAUGGCUGCAGUAAUUGACUUUGACAACACAGACACCGCCUGGAGAAAAUAUGAUUCGAUUACUGCAAGGGAGCUUUUUAAACAGUUUGGCUGCUCAAAAAGGAUUUAUCAGGAUAUUUUUGCUCCACUUCUUCAAGUUGGUUUGUUUGCUCCAGCCGAACAAUGUAGUGCAGCUGCAACUCUUGGAAUGCUAUAUUAUUACAUUCUUGCUCACCAGAUUUGUGGAUUUUACUUUGGUCCAUGGCUACAGAAGGAUAUCGAUCUUGUAUGGUGUCGGGGGAUGGUUAGAGAAAAGAUUUUCAAGCCAUGGAUGGAAUCUAUGAGAAAUAGAGAUUGUGAAAUUCUGGAUUGCCAAGGAGUGACAAACUUCUCUAUGAAUGAAGAUACAGGAUGCAUUUCGGAAGUUGUUUGUGGUAAAGAGAGCUAUAAGGCUGAUGCAGUAAUCUUGGCAAUUGGAAUCACUACACUUCAGGAGAUCAUUAAGAACAGUGCAGCACUACGUACGAGGGAGGAGUUCUUGAAAGUUCUGAAUUUAUCUGGCAUUGAUGUUCUGACUGUUAAACUCCAGCUAGACAGGAAGGUCAACAUUCCCAAAGCAAGCAAUGUGUGCUCUGGAUUUGAUGAUUCAAGUGGAUGGACUUUCUUUGAUUUGAAUGCAAUCCAUGACGAGCAUAAAAACAAUCCAGUGACAGUCAUACAAGCUGAUUUUUAUCAUGCCAAUGAGUUGUUACUGCUGAAGGAUGAGGUAAUAGUUCCAAAAGUAAUGUCUUACAUGUCAAAGUGCAUUAAGGAUUUUGAGAAUUCCACAGUUGUUGUCAAAGAAAUCAGAAGAUAUCCAAAAUCUUUGACUCACUUCUUUCCAGGUUCAUACAAGCACAUGAUGCGUGGGUCCACAUCUUUCCCAAACUUGUUCAUGGCUGGAGAUUGGAUAACAAACAGACAUGGUUCGUGGUCACAGGAGAAAUCCUAUGUCACUGGACUUGAAUCGGCCAACAGAGUCGUGGACUAUCUUGAGGAAGGUACCUUCGCCAAAAUAAUACCUGUUCAAGAAGAUGAACCUCAUAUCCAAACGCUUCGCAGCCUCAACAGAAACCUUAAUGAUAUAAGAGCCCAGAUUCCAUUGUUUGAUUAUUUCCUCCAGUGAACCCAUCAUUGGUUUAUAUUCAGGACUGGAAAUGUGUAAAUUAUUCUGUGUUUUUUGCUAUGGCUGCAUGUCACUUUGUAAGUUGUAUAGUAGCAAUAUAGAAGAAACAGGUAAUUGGUAUCCAUUGAUUAAGAAAUCGUGCAUAGAACCACAUUCCUAUUGA